AUGGAAAUGAAAUUAUCAUACAAAAGCGUGGAGGCGCACUUCUUAAAUUUGCGUUUAGCUGGCUAUUAUCAAAUUGAUUUGCGGUCGGCGACAAUCUAUAGAUCAUUACAUAGGCUUUACAUGGGUUUUGUGCUUUCGUUGAUGUUGGUUUAUACGAUGCAGCAGGCUUUGAAGGUUUAUGAGGUCAGGGAGAAUCUAGGGCAUGUGAUGGGUACAAUGUUUUUAUUUUUAACUCACACUGAUGCUAUUUACAAACAAAUUCUAUUAUGGGCUCAACAAAAUGACAUCGAAGAUCUUCUAGACACCAUGAAAGGACCCUCAUAUAAUCAAGGGAAGAAGGAACAUAAUUAUUACUUACUAAAAACGAUCCGUGUUGCAAAAUUACUGCUAUUCUCCAACAAUGGUUUGGCCGUCGCCACCUGCUUUUUAUGGUUUGUCUAUCCGAUUUACUUACACAUCAAGGGAAUUCCAUUGGAUUUCACAAUUUGGCUGCCUUUCGAUGAAAACCAGGACCCAUAUUUCUAUAUAACCGCAGUUUAUUCUUGGAUUACCACAACCUGGCUUGCAAUUGGUAACACAACAAUGGAUGUGAUGGUAUCCACGCUUUUGGCACAAGCCAAGACUCAACUACAUAUACUGGGUUACAAUCUUUCUACCAUCGUUGAUGAAUGUAAGGAAGACAAUGGCAAUACAUCAGAAAAUGUCUCCGCAUUACUGCAUCAGCGUUUUAAAAAUAUACUGAGGCACCAUGAGGAAAUCGUAAGGUUUACAAAAAAUAUUGAAAAUAUCUUCGGUAACGUCUUAGCGUAUCAGUUCUUGAUUGGCGGCUGGAUUAUUUGUACCUCUGUUUAUCGAUUGGUUGACAUAGAAAUUGUAUCUAUAGAAGGAUUUUCAAUGGUCACCUAUAUAAUUUGUAUGCUAUUUGAAUUAUUCAUUUAUUGUUAUUUUGGAAGCGAGGUUACUCAAGCGAGUAUGGAACUCACAGACGAUGCAUACUCUAUGAAUUGGCUUGACAUACCAGUUAAAAAUCGUAAAGAAUUAAUUAUUUUUAUGGAGAGAAUUAAACGGCCUAUACGAGUAAUGGCCGGACGUAUUGUACCCCUCUCAAACGACACUUUCGUUUCGAUCGUGAAGAGUUCAUACAGCUUCUAUGCUCUGUUGAGAAGCACAAAUGAAUAG